AUGGCGACGUCAGUGUUCGAAAUGGCUGCAGGAGCGACGAUCGGUCUGACUGUCUGUCCCAGAGCCUCUCUCGUUGCUCGUCCGAGGCCAGCUGCCCACCAAUGCAGCAUGAAGAACCUCAAAUCCACGUCAUUGUGUGGUGCGUCCUUCUCAAUGCGAAGCACUUCAACAGCUGGAGCUGCUGCAGUCUCUGUCGGGAAGAGAGUGUGUGUGGUUGCUGCUACAGGGUUUGGGAAGCCGGGUGGUGGUAAAGGCAAAGGAGACACAAAGGAUGCGGAGAAAUCCCUUAAGUCCACGAUGGAGCUCGAUAAGUUCAUUGAUCAGCUCAGAAGCGCAGGCGAUAAUGAGCUGCCUCUUCUGGUGGCUGAAAACGUGCUUGCCUUUGAUCAGAAGUUUUGGCUUCGGCUGGUCACACGUGCAGAGUCAAGCUCGUCGGUGGAUGACAGGAGGGAUUUCGAGGAGCUGGCCCAGAAUGUGAUGGAAAUUGUGGAGAAGGUGGUUAAGAAAACGCAUGAAAACAUGGACAGCACCAGUGAUGCACUGGCAUCCAUGCUUAGGCAGCUUGGAGAUGACAAUGAAGAAAUCUCUUGGCCUCCUUCAGGGGAGGUCUUGGCCAAGCUGCGACAGGAAGUCGAGCAAUGGGAUGAGGAUGGCCGCAUUGAUGAGAAGUUUCUUGCCUCAGUGUCAGCUCAAUUGAGACAGGCUACAGAGGCCACAGACAAGCCUGGGCUUGUGGCCAUGUUGCAGAAGGUCCUUCAGUUAUACGCCUCAGCUCGUCUAGGUCGAAGGAGCUAUGCAACUCGACGUGAUGGUACCAUUGAUGAGGCUGAGGAGUUUCUGGAGACACUGAUACAAGCUCCUGAGGAGACAUGGGACUCCCUUCUUCAAACCCGCCUCACUUGCGGAGGUGGGAGUCUUCCAGAAGCUGAUUUGUAUACCGCCCUCGAGAAGAGGGCAGAGAGAAUCUUCAUGCGCACUGAGAGCGGCUCAUACGAGCAGAGAAUAUUGGGAGAGUACUUGAAAGAACUGGAGGCACGAGCCCGAGCAGUUGCUGCUGCCUACUCCACACCUCCUCAGUUGCCAUCCUGA